AUGGAGCUGCCUCCAGUUGCGGGCCCCGCGGGCACCGAACCCUGUCUUAGCGAGUAUAUCUUCACUUUCUCGAGUUUUCUUCUAUCCCAGCAUUUUCAGGAAAUCGAACGAAUCCUAGCACAGCCGGACGUAUCCAAAUACGCUGCCGUGCGGGUGAACUUUCUGGAUUUGGCCUGUUUUCAUAGCGAUCUCGCGGCUCUUAUCUUGGCGAGGCCCACGACGUUUCUCCCUAUUCUGGACGAGGCCCUUCGUGAUGCUCAAACAAGACUUUUAACGGAGAGAGAAUCUUCGCAUGCUUCGGAAACGCAAGAACAGCGUUUGUCGUUCAAACCACUUGUACAUGUGAGGAUAUCAAACUUGCCGCAAUGUGCGGAAGUAACGAAGCCGACGAUUUCGGGCCUAAGAUCGGCAGACAUGGGACGCCUUAUCGUACUAUCGGGAACCGUUACGCGAACCGGGAGCGUUAUGGUACGCGAAAAGGAACGCGAGUACGAAUGUUUGAAGUGUGGGUAUCAGUUUCGAGCCCAAGCGACGCCGGUCAGCAAAUCUGUUGUAUUUGAGUUGCCACUCCGUUGUCCAUCUGGAAACGAGUUGCAAGACUCAGAAACGUCUGAGGCGACCUCAACGACUCGAGGAAGACCCUGGAAAAGAUUCAAGAGAUGUAAUGCUCCGUGUUCGGGUACACGCUUCGCCCCUGUGACUCGAAGCAACGGCGACGCUGGCACCUGCGCCUGUGGAGAUUACCAGGAAAUUCGCCUUCAGGAAUCCGUACAGCAUCUCGGAAUGGGCUCCAUACCACGAUCGAUCCUUGUCGUGCUUACAGAUGAAUUGGCGGGGUCUUGCAAAGCCGGAGAUGAGAUAACCGUGACCGGCAUUUUGCAGCGCCGGUGGCUUCGCCCUCUCGUACCCGGUACACGUUGCGAUAUGGAUGUAAUUUUGGAGGCAAACUACGUCCAGAUCAACAAUGAACGCAAAGCGAUCGUCGAUAUCAGCCCAGAUCUCUUAGAUGCAUUUGGGCAUUUUUGGCGCCUAGCUAAGCGUGAUGGAGUUAUCCUCCGAGCUAGAGAUCGCAUUAUCCGAGCGGUCUGUCCGCAAACGUAUGGUAUGUUCAUCGUGAAAUUGGCUGUGCUGCUCUCGCUUAUCGGUGGCGUUCCCCAGGAAGACUCUAGCGGCGCACGCGUUCGCGGUGAAUCUCAUUUGCUCCUGGUCGGCGACCCUGGUACGGCAAAGAGCCGCCUUUUGCGUUACGCAGCACUUCUGAGCCCGCGCGCCGUAUUAACAACCGGCAUUGGAACGAGCGGCGCAGGCCUCACAGUCACCGCUGUACGCGAACCAGCGACCGGCGAAUGGGCUCUCGAAGCCGGUGCCCUGGUGCUCGCUGAUGGCGGGCUCUGCUGCAUUGAUGAAUUUGACUCAAUACGCGAACAUGAUCGAGCGGCGAUCCACGAAGCGAUGGAACAGCAGACUGUGAGCGUCGCAAAAGCCGGUCUUGUUUGUCGUUUGAACACGAGAGCAACCGUGUUCGCGGCAACUAAUCCAAAAGCAACAAAGGCCUCACUGCAGCAUUUAAGGAAAUCAGGCGAGACAGGCAACAGUUUGUCCAUUGCGUUGGGAGUUGCGUCACCGCUACUCAGUCGCUUCGACGUUAUUCUCAUCCUGACAGACAAACAGGAUGAUGAAUGGGAUGAACGAGUCGCUGACUUCGUGCUCAAUGAUUACGCUGAGAAAAAAAGUCCAUUCCGAAGACCUCCAGAUGACGUGUUCGACAAUCCCAUUCCAUCGCUGGACUGGAGCCUCGAACAACUGCGUCAGUACCUGCACCAUGUGCGAGGCACUUUUCGCCCGACGCUGUCUCCCGCAUCCGAGUGCGUGCUUGGCGCGUACUAUGCGUUGCGAAGGACGAACUCGGAGCGAAGCGCUGCUCGCACAACGGUGCGCCUCCUGGAAUCGCUCGUUCGACUAACGCAGGCCCACGCUCGCUUGAUGUAUCGCAAGCGCGCUGUCGUCCAGGAUGCCAUCUUCGCCAUAGUUGUCGUAGAUCCGGAUUUUGUGGAACACUUCUUGACGGGAGGCGGGGAUCCGCGUCAAUCGGAUUUCUCAUCGGAUCCCGACAACGCUUACCUUGAUUAUGCCAAGCUCGUUCUCCAGAAGCUCGGCAUCGAAUCCAAAGUUCAUAUGGAAGAAGGCUUGCCAAUCCAUUCAGGGCUCGACCUGAACCCUGAAACGAGUUGGCAACCAUCAAGAAACGAAACGGUGCAGAAAGAGCCCGUUCUUCAGCCAGCACGACCCGGAGAGCAUCCUCAGCCGGAUUCUGAAGCUGCGGCGCCUGCUGUCGAACCACUGUGGCAGCCGUCAGCGACUGAAACCUUGUCUGAGAACGAUCAACAGGGUGGCGAAAAAACAUUUGUCGAACGUGCACUGGACGACUUCGACUUCGAUGCCAUCGAGAGUCGAUUCCUCACCGACGCAUCGCUGGGAAGCUGGGCAGCGAGCCUCGGUCCCUCAUAG